AGAAAAAUCCGAUUCAUUACCCGCUGGUGAGAAGCAGUGGCUACUUUCCUCGCCGGUAAGGCUAUCAUGGUGAACCUAUUUGACGCGAACUGGCCAUUCUUGCUCUACCAAAUUCAACAUUCCAAGAAAUUGGAAUGAAUUGUGUUUCGAAUAAUGUCUCUGGUGGGACUGUGCUGCUCAGUAAAGGGAUGGCUAUAACCCCACAAGAAUCAUUCACAGUUUCGUUAAUUCUUAAGCCUAACCUAUUGCUGCGUCUUAGUUUUCUUAAUUAUUUGCAGUAUAGUUGCAGCAAGAUUAGUGUUCCUAUAAAGAUUAGAGCUCCACCACACAAUUUUUGUCAACAUGCAUUAACCAUCAGAAAUGAAAUUCCUCAAAAUGCUGAUUUUCCUCCGAAAUAUUCAAGAAAGGAUAAAAAACCUUUCCCAACACCCAUUGUUGAGCUGCGGCGAGCAGCUAGGGAGAGGCUAAAGAAGAAGAUGAAAGAUGAACCAAAAAGGAGAUCUUUGCCACCUCCAAAGAAUGGGUUGCUGGUGAAGAGCCUCAUCCCAACUGCUUAUAAUGUAUAUAAUGCAAGGAUUACUUUGGUUAAUAAUCUGAAGAAGCUGCUUAAAGUGUUGCCAGUGCAUGCUUGUGGGUGGUGUACUGAAAUCCAUGUAGGACCUGUUGGACAUCCUUUCAAGUCCUGUAAAGGAUCACGAGCUAAUCUCCGCCAUAGCCUUCAUGAAUGGACAAAUGCAUUCGUUGAAGACAUAUUAGUGCCAAUCGAAGCCUAUCACUUGUAUGACCGUCUUGGAAAGCGCAUUCUUCAUGAAGAGAGAUUUUCUAUCCCCCGAAUUCCAGCCGUAGUUGAACUUUGCAUUCAAGCUGGUGUUGAAAUUCCAGAGUAUGCUGCCAAAAGGAGAAGAAAGCCUAUAAUCCGCAUAGGGAGGAAAGAAUUCAUUGAUGCUGAUGAAAGUGAACUACCAGAUAUGGUCCCAGAGGAGCCUGUGAAACCAUUACUAAUUGAAAUUCCUGAUUCAGAAGUCAUAGCUCCAUCUAGCAAAGAAGAGACAAUCUGCCUUGCUGAGGAAACUCUUGAAGCGUGGGAACAAAUGAGGAAAGGGGCGAAGAGACUAAUGCGAAUGUACCCUGUGAGGGUUUGUGGAUAUUGCCCAGAAAUUCAUGUUGGUCCAUCAGGGCACAAGGCACAGAACUGUGGAGCUCAUAAACACCAACAACGCAAUGGGCAGCAUGGGUGGCAGGCUGCAGUGCUCGACGACUUGAUACCUCCAAGAUACGUGUGGCAUGUUCCUGAUGUGAAUGGGCCACCGUUGCAACGAGAGCUUCGAGAUUUCUAUGGGCAAGCCCCUGCUAUUGUGGAAAUAUGCAUUCAGGCUGGUGCUGCGAUACCUGAACAGUACAAACCAACUAUGAGGCUGGAUGUGGGGAUCCCAUCAAAUGUAAAAGAAGCUGAAAUGGUAGUUUGAGAUGAAUUACUCUUCUAAAUCUCAAGAGGGUAUGGAUUGUGAAAUGUAUGCACUAUGUAGGAUGUUAAUGGAAUAUGACGAGGAUUGUUGCAUAAAUGGAGUAUACUUCUCUUGAUUUAUGCUGGCCGGGGAUUAUUUGGUGGUUAAAGCAGCAUGUGGUGUGAAUAUGUUAGUCUCUGAGUACCAUAGCAGAAGAUAAAGAAAAUGUUGAAAGAGUGUGGUUGAUGGAACAAAGAAUACGAUUAAAGCUUUUUAUGCAACAUCUCCUUGACCAUGAGAUGAAAAUUACAUUUUGUUAAACUAGGGGAAAUUAUUAUUGAUAUCAAGAUCCACUUAACCUUAAAAAAGUUAUAGAAAUAGUGAUGCUAUGAUUGUAAUGAAAAUAUUCAUGGGAGUGAACAUGUCUCCUCUAAACCUCAAGUCUGUGAAAAUAGCUUGGAUUUU